AUGCUUGUGGACGAUUUUUCUCGCGAUCUGACCACCUUCGAACGCAUAGACGAACGCACACCGACGAGAAACCAUACCAGUGCUACAUUUGUCCCUAUGCAGCUGUCAGUUUUUUAA